GCCUGGGCAGAAAUAUGGGAGCCUGAGAGGCAUCUCUGGGUGUCACCCACUCUCCCCUGGGGAGAUACCUACUGGGCAUCUGAGUACUCGCCCAUCACCGCCUUCCAUGGGAGGACUUUUGAGCUCUAAGGCACCUCUGCUUCUGUCUUUUCCAACCCCUGUGGCUCCUCUGGCUCACUGCCCUUUUUCCAGGUGGAAGCUGUGAAGGAGGACAGGUCCUUCUCAAAGAUGUCUGCCCAGGUUUGCCUAGGGCGUGGCAGCUGUGGAUAAAGGCAGGACUCAGGUUUAGCAGCCGCAUUCUCCCCUUCUCUCCUGGAACUUUCCAAGCAGCCUGGGGAGCCACACAGGCCAGCUGGCGGACAUGCGGGAGGUGACAACACUGAGCCUGCUCCUCCUCCUGGCAGGCCUGCCUGUCUUGGAUGCCAACGACCCAGAAGAUAAAAACAGUCCUUUCUACUAUGACUGGCACAGACUUCGGGUCGGUGGGCUCAUCUGCGCCGCGGUUCUGUGCACCAUCGGCAUCAUCGUCCUCAUGAGUGAGUGGGGACCCUGGAGGCCGAGCUGGCAGGCAGGGCGGGGCUGUGGGUCCUCUCCCUCAACCAUCCCUUCUCCCCUGACAGGUGGGAAAUGCAAAUGCAAGUUCAGCCAGAAGCCCAGCCACCAUCCAGGGGAAGCCCCACCUCUCAUCACUCCAGGCUCUGCCCAGAACUGUUGAGGAUGGAACCGCUGAAAGGACACAGAGAUCCCUUCCUGUCUCUUCCUCCAAGUCCUGGUUCUGCACAGGAGCCCAGACUCCAGGAUGGAAUUCUCCCUCUUCUCCUCAGAGAAGGGCCUCACCUUACCUCUCACUGGAGGGGUCUUUUUGUUCAAUUUUUAUUCUAAAAAUGGCUCUUGCCUCCUUAUCCUUUAUUUUAAAAAUUGAUUAGCCCAAGUGUC